GUGUGUACUUAUGUGGUAAAGCAUUGUUUAUUUGUGAUCUAACUGUUUGUGAACAUGGAAGAAGACAAGGCUAGUGAAGACGCUGAAAAUUGGAAAGUUUACGAAGCGCUGUGUAGUAAAAGUCCAACAGAGAUGGAGGCAGACGUUGGUAAUGAUAUAAUUACGAGUCUCAGAAGUGAUCUUGCCGGGCUGCAGUACAAGCGAGAUAAGCUUAUAUCUGAAAACAGUGACUUAAAAAACCAAAUGUUAUCUCGAGAUCAGAGAAUACUUGAGCAGCAAGUAGAGAUCGAUCACCUUCGUGAACAAAAUGCACGCCAAAAUGCUGUCAUUUCAUCUCUUAGAAAGAAAAUCCAAGACCUCGAAGAGAUACAACGAAACCUUCAGACGUCGCAAGGAAGAAGUGAAAUCACAGUUCAAACACUGCAGAGAGAUAACCGCUACUGUGAAGAAAAGAUUAAAGACAUGGAAAAGAAAUUACGUUCUCUUGAACUAGAAUGUCACAGUGAAGAACAACAAAAAGAAAAUGCCCGUUGCCAGUUUCACGAUCUAAUUCGUCGUAUGUCUGCCGCUUUGGAAUCAGAUUUUUGUGAUACAGCACAUACUCACUCUCCGGAAAGCUUAAUAAUUAAGGCGGCCGAGCUUGUCCAAGAAAUUACCAGACUGAAAAAUAAAUGCAUGAAUACAACAGAAAAUCUGUCAACAGUCGAACAGGACCUAAGAAGUUGUAGAGAUGCAUUGGAGAGAUCAAACACGGACAAGGAUAUUCUACAACGACAACUAUCAGCCCAACUGAUGGAUAUCGAGAGACUUAAACAAGAAAAAGAGUCCCUUUGUGUACAAAACAGAGUUAUUGAACGAGAACUUCACGAAGCAAGAGAAAAGCUAUCACACUGUUCCAAAAACUUAAACGUUGUAACGGAUAACGUGAACCAGAAUGAAUCGAUUAUUAUUCAGUUGAAAGAGGAUUUGAGGCAUCGAGAUGAAAAAUAUCAAAGACUACAUGCGGAAUUCCGCAAUACAAUGGAAUCAUUGGCUAUCUUACUAAGUUUACCGACACGAUUUGUUGAAGCACAUGAAAGUACUAUUAAAGACCGAAUUCGUGAAAUUUUAAGUGAUAACAAAGAUAAAUCUGUACAAAUAGAUGCACUGCGCGAUAAGUUAAACAUGGAGUCUCAGCAGUUAGGAAGGACAGCGCAUUUACACGAUCAAGCGACUACCCGCGUGCGCAUCCUAGAAGAUGAACGAAAUAUACUCGAAGCUAAAUUACACAAGCUGGAAGCCGAGCUUAACGCACAGGAGCUCUCCAGGGACAAUUUACGUAAAGACAAAGCCAAUUUUGUUGCCUUCCUAGAACGUUUAAGUCGAACACUAAAUAUGGAUGAGCUAACCCAAGACAUCGGGAUAGAAUUGCACACUGAAUCGAUUAUCCACCGCGCCGAGCAGUUAGCGAGGCUUGAGAGUGAUAAAAUUGUUGAUAAGAUGCUAUAUUACGGAUACUAUGGUACGCUGCCCAGACUGCGCAGAGAAAGAUCUUUCCAUGACUUACCUUACCUUAAAGAAACAGCUGUUGUUUAUCAGUUACAACGACGAAUUCGAAUUUUAAGAGAACAACUACAGAGGAAAGACUUGCACCUAGAUUUGUUGCGACGAAAACUAAGUGUGCAGGAUGAGAGCUGUCGAGUGCGAGCAGUGUUGCAGGCAGAGCGCGAUGAAGCUGUAGCUCGCAACAAGAAGCUCGCACGCCAAUGCGACAAGCUACAAGUGCAGCUUAGUGACGCGCGUGCGCAAAUUCGCGACCUCAACGCACAACUUGUAGAUGCCGCUGAGUACAAGAUAACAUCACUAGAGAGAACUCGCAAGGUAGAAGAGCUGCAAAAGAAGUUGGAGGAGGCGGAACUACUGCGCGUGCGUUACAACCGUAAAGUGAACGUGUUGAAGGAACAGGUGCGCUCCACGGGCGAGACCUUCGAACAGGAGCGCUCGUCCAUCGACCACCAGAUCACCAUUCUGCGGGACGACCUCGCGCGCACCAAGGAGGCGCUCGCCGAGAGCCAGCGCAGGGAAGCUCAGCUCACCAGCUUCAGAAACUCGAUAGCCAAAUUGCUAGGUAUCCUGGUGCCGGUGUCUGUGUCUGACUUCGAGAUGGUGUCCCGCCUACAAAAGCUCAUCGACGCGCACCACGACUUCACGGUGGUGUCGCGGCGAUACGACGACCCCACUCUGCUGCGAGCCUCCUCUCGCUCCCCGCCGCCCUCACGUUGCAGGACCAGAACGCCCGACAGAUCACUUCGCUACGAUGACUCAGGGUAUGCAGAUCCUGCCUUCGAACUCGACGAUGAGAUUUACAAAGCUCGUGCAGGAUUGUGACACGCAAGACGCCGCGCUCGUUUUUAAAACUGAACCGCCCAACUAUAGACAACGCGGCGUAAUAUUGAACAAUAACCUGACGGAAAGUAAAAAUAUUAUACUCCAGUAACAAACUAUUAUGUACCAACAACCUAUACCUAUAUAAAAAAAACGUCAUUACGUUUGGUCAACGUACCCAGCAACGCAACCUGUAUCUUAUUAAUUGACUUCAAAGUAACUAUGAAAGUCGUACAUUUCGGUAGACAUGGCCAUUGUGUUUUCCGGUUUAUGUCAUGUCAUUAAAACAAACACCGUCUACUGACCUGACCUCUUAACGUGUAAAGUAUUUAGAACGCAAAAUUGAUUAGAAGUAUCUUUCAAAAUUCUUCUGAAGCACCACACUUUGUGCUAUUGAGACUAAUCGCAUCACAUGUGUUGUGAAAUGAAUGGUCAGCCUUACUGCCAGUUACUGCCUAGUGUAGUGUCAUAAAGACACACUUUACGUUCCCAAGUCGAGGAUGACCAAUGUAACGAUAUAUUAGUGGUUUAUGUAUCUGCCUAUCUACUAUUUACCUACUGCAUGGAUUUGCAGCGCUUGACACUAACAAGAUCCAUGACCCAUGACGUAGUAAACUAGGAUAUAAGUAGAGGUAGAUACACAUAAUACGGGUCAUAUGCAAAAAAAAUAUCAAAAACAGUUAUAUAAAAAAAUUAAUCCACAAAAUAAUAUUUGCAUAAUGUAAGUACCUGCCUAUGUAAGAAACAAAAAACGCAAUAUUCUAAUAGGUGAAAUACAAAAAAAAAAUAUAAUUAUGCAUGCAUUUCGACAUCAAGUAGAUAGGUCAUAAAAACUCAUGAUCUCAAAAUAUUCGUGUGACGCAAUAACGUAAACUUAUAACGUACGUGUCAUAUGUUAAUACCUACUCGUUAAUUUAAUGUUACUUAGAUGAAUGUUACAUUAAGUAGUCCCCAAUAUAAUUGUAUCUACGAGGAAGUGUGUGUGAUCAAUUCUAAACAUUUUCGGAUACUCACUAGAUGAUAGGUAUUCUGAUAUUAUAAACUUACUCAUACAUAUAAGUACUUUUUUUAUGUAGUGACAUUUUUAUUGAAUUAAUGUUUUCUACUACAUUUUUAGUUGAAAGUCUUCCAUUACUCUUUGUUAGCAAUGAGUUCAAUAGUUAAGUUUUUAUUUAUUAAAUGUUUUCUUCUAGAAAUGUAUUCUGUUAGCAGUUACUUUUAAUGUUACUGUGUUUUAUUGUUUGCACUUUGUAAUAUGUGUGGAUGUAACUAUAUUCUAUUUACAUAUAUAACAUCACGCCUUUUUAUCCCCGAAGGGGUAGG